AUGUCCAACGUCCCCCCCGCCGAAACCCGCGAGGCCAUCGCCGCAAAGCUCACCUCCCUCAUCGCCACCAUCGAGUCCGACCCGGCAUUCGACCGCUCCUCGCCCGCCGCCAGCGCUCUUCCACAUUCUGGUUAUGAGUUUCGGCUGCCCGGGCAGAUUAAGAUCUCCGCCCGAGGAGAUGCCGCUGCAAAGCAACUCUACAACGACACCCUCACUCGCUCGCUUACCCUCGACCAGCUCAUUUCGGGACCUCCCAUGAUGCGCGCGAUGAUGGGCAUGGCGGGCCCCGUUUCGCCCGAGAUCCAGGCCGCGUCAAAGGCCGUCGUCGACGCCUUCAAGGCAUGA